CACACUGCAUGUUGUUUUCCAGGGGAUGAGAAGUGAAACUGACCUGAAUGAUGACUUCAAGAAGCAAGAUGUCUCUUUACUUGAUUUCCUGAAAAUGUUUCCCAGGAUGUUUGUGCACCUGCUGUUGAGCCCUCUCUUCCUGAUGCUGGUCCUGGCUCAGUGCUGCUUCUCCUCAGUGAUCGCAGGGCUCGCUACGUUCCUCAACAAGUUUCUGGAGCGGCAGUACAGCGCCUCCCUCGCCUACAGCAGCCUGCUCGUAGGUGCUGUGAAUCUGCCCGCUGUAGCCGUGGGGAUGUUGAUGGGCGGGGUCAUCAUGAAAAGGGCGGGACUCUCUCUGAAGACCAUCCCUCGCUUCUCUGCUGCCAUGCUGACCACAUCCACCCUCCUCUUUGUGCCACUCUUCUUCAUGGGCUGUCCCACACAGAAAGUUUCAGAGGUCAACCAUUUCCAGAACGCACAGUACAGGUCUCUAGCUCUGUGCUACUCCAACUGCUCUUGUCCUGCCAGCGCCUUCAACCCCGUGUGUGGCUCUGACGGUGUGGAAUAUAUCUCUCCUUGCCAUGCCGGCUGCACCAACUUCACCAAAGACCCCAACAACACCCACAGGGUUCAGCUGUACACCAGCUGCAGGUGUAUGUCUGGGGGCCAGAGCGCCCGCCCUGCCCCCUGUCCCAACAACUGCCCACAUUUGAUGCUCCCCGUCAUUCUGGUCAUCUCUCUGGCAUCGCUGAUCGCCUGCCUCACUCACAACCCCAUGUACAUGAUGGUGCUCAGAUGUGUUUCCUCUGAAGAGAAGUCAUUUGCUAUAGGAAUUCAAUUUCUACUCAUGAGAGUAUUAGCCUGGCUCCCUGCCCCUGCUCUCUUCGGGACUGCCAUUGACACGUCGUGUAUCUGGUGGAAGCGUGUGUGUGGAAGGAAGUUCAGCUGUGGUUACUAUGACAACAACAUCUUGAGGAACCGGUACGAAAACCUAUCACUCUGAAUAUACAUCACAUAC